CCCACUUCACACUCUUCAUUUCUCACGCCAAAGUUUUGUUCUUUAUAUAGAAUACUCCAUUUCAAUCCAAUAUUACUCUAGGAUUGGCAGCAUAACUAGUGCCAGAGGGUGUGUGGAAAUGGGCGAAUUGACAGGAACUCCAGCUCUCCAUGGAUAUCAUAUGCCUGCUGAGUGGGAGUCUCAUUCUCAGACUUGGAUGGGCUGGCCUGAACGUCCAGAUAAUUGGCGAGACAAUGCGGUACAUGCCCAGCAAGUUUUCGCCAAGGUAGCUACGGCAAUUUCAAAGUUUGAGCCUGUCACUGUUUGUGCUAGUACUGCGCAGUGGGAAAUUGCUCGAAGUCAGUUACCAGAACAUAUUAGAGUUAUUGAGAUGGGUAUGAACGAUUCUUGGUUUCGUGAUUCUGGGCCAACUUUUGUUGUGAAAGCUUCAAAUGCUGGUAGCAUGGAGCAAAAGGUUGCAGGAAUUGAUUGGGUGUUUAACAGUUGGGGAGGGGUUGAUGAUGGUUGUUAUCGAGAUUGGGGUCUUGACCUUCUUGUGGCAAGGAAGAUUCUUGGAAUUGAGAAGGUCUCCCGGUUUCCCCAUUCAAUGGUUCUUGAAGGUGGAAGCAUCCAUGUUGAUGGAGAAGGAACAUGCCUUACCACCGAGGAGUGCCUUUUGAAUAAAAACCGGAAUCCACAUUUAACUAAAGAGCAGAUAGAAAAUCAGCUGAAGGAAUAUCUUGGAGUCCAGAAGGUUAUUUGGCUGCCUUAUGGAUUAUAUGGUGAUGACGACACUAAUGGUCAUAUUGACAAUAUGUGUUGCUUUGUGAGGCCUGGUGUGGUGUUAUUGUCUUGGACUGAUGAUGACAAGGAUCCUCAGUUUGAACGAUCCAUGAAGGCCUUGUCUGUUCUCUCCAAUACUACUGAUGCUAAAGGCAGGAAAUUUGAAAUAAUUAAACUCCAUGUCCCAGGACCUCUUUAUAUGACAGAAGAAGAAGCUGCUGGAGUCAUUGAUGAAGGGGAUGCGAAACCAAGACCUCCUGGCACAAGACUUGCUGCUUCAUAUGUGAAUUUCUAUAUUACCAAUGGAGGAAUCAUAACACCACAAUUUGGAGAUCAGAAGUGGGAUGAUGAAGCUGUUCGAGUCCUCUCUCGAGCUUUCCCAGAUCAUGAGGUUGUGAGAAUUGAAGGUGCAAGAGAAAUCGUCUUGGCUGGUGGAAAUAUCCAUUGCAUCACUCAACAAGAAGCUGCGGGUCCUCCUAGUUAAAUUUUAAAAUAUUACCAAUGAGUUAUAACUCGAAUAGGUUAACUCACUGCUUCCAUUGGUUGUGGAAGUUACCAAAAUCUCAUAUACUAUAGUCCUGCCACAAGCAACUAUUAGAUAAAAAAAUGUUAUCUCAAUUGUUCUGACCGAAACCGGAACUAGAUUGUGAAAUGGAUUGCGUUGUGGUUAUGAUGAAAUAAGACACAUUCUCAACAA